CGAGUUGCGGGCCACGCGGGUAGUGUUCCACCGCCGCCUCUAAUUAUCUAUCAAAUACGCGGCAGCGCGGAAAAACUUUCUUCGAACUUUUUCACAUCAUCUUGGGGCUUAUAUUCAUGUGACGUUGGUUGUUUUUUAACGAAAAGUUUAAAAAACAUAAUUAAUAUGUUGACUAUGUCAACUUUGAUGAUGCCGGCCCCAGCGAUGACCGCUGCUCCUAUGUCUACUCCGGGUCUUUUGCCUGUUCCUAGCAAGCUCGAGGUCGCUGGUAAGCUGACCAUCAAUCACAGUGCUCCUACCAAUAAAGCAGAACAUCAUCAUAUCUUCGUAGGGGACUUAAGUCCUGAAAUAGAAACACAAACACUGCGAGACGCUUUUGCAGCUUUCGGAGAAAUUUCGGACUGCAGAGUUGUCAGAGACCCACAGACGUUGAAGUCAAAAGGAUAUGGUUUCGUUUCUUUCAUCAAAAAGGCGGAAGCCGAAAGUGCCAUAGCAGCUAUGAACGGGCAAUGGCUCGGCAGCCGAAGUAUCCGAACAAAUUGGGCUACUAGGAAACCUCCGGCUCCAAAAAGUGAAGUAAACUCCAAACCUCUGACAUUCGAUGAAGUUUACAACCAAAGCAGUCCAACAAACUGUACAGUGUAUUGUGGAGGUAUAACAAACGGUCUGACUGAGGAACUCAUGCAGAAAACAUUCGCCCCUUUUGGGACUAUUCAAGAAAUUAGGGUAUUCAAGGAAAAAGGAUAUGCGUUUGUGAGGUUUUCUACAAAGGAAUCAGCAACACAUGCAAUAGUAGCUGUGCACAACACAGAUAUUAACGGACAAAUAGUUAAAUGCUCUUGGGGUAAAGAAUCUGGAGAUCCUAACAAUGCACCUGUGGCCGGUCAGGCAAUAGCUGGGACUACCUUUCCAUACAGCGCUUACGGGCAACAAUUAAGUUACUGGUAUCCCCAGAGUUAUCCAGCAGCUAGUUCAGCACAAAUGCAAGGUCAAUUUUUAGGAGGAAUGCAAGGUUAUGCUUACGGGCAAUUUGGAGGUUAUCAACAAUCAUAUAUGGGUAUGGGUAUACAAGUACCAACAGCAGCCACAGCAUGGCAAGGGAUUCCUAGCCAACCCCAGAUACCUGCAACCCCCCAACAAAUGACAGCCCCUGCAGCAACAUUGCAACAGCCAGGGAUAGUGUUCCCUAUCCAACAAUAUCAAGCCCAAUGAAACAGACACCUUUGUCAACAACCAGACCUAGUGAUAUAUUAAAAAAAACCAACAAGAAAGAUACCGUUAUCAGUAGAAAAAAAAUCGCGGAACAGUAAUAUUGUUGUGCCAAAUUUCAAGUAGUUACAAUGAACACAACUAUAGAAGUUUUAAGUCCAUCCAUUAUAAGUAGAGGACUAACGAGGACUAAAGCUUCAAAAAAAAUAACUUCUGAAGGUGUAUGAGUGGUGAAAGGUUGCUGCACUGCCUAGGCAGAGCCUAUUACACGCCUAGCUCACCUUGAUUUCACAACUUUGCAUGAAAUCUGUAUUUUUCACAUCUUUUUGGCAGCUGGGAGAAGAAGAAUGGCUCCUGGUAUGAUAGAAUUUUUCCAAGGCAGAGCGGUCAAGACUUUUGGACCUCGUACAGUGUGCUCUACAACUAAGGAUCAAUUCGUUUUACUUGAGUUACCUGUACUUCUGCGGUAGGACUGUCAAACUCAUAAAAAUAAUAGAAUAUAAGAAUUUAUAUUUGUAAAGAAAUGCAAUGUGGUUUCUAUUUAAGUUUGACUUGUACAAACGCAAGUAGAAUAGGAAUGAAGUUAGAUAGGUUAGUUGAUAGUUAUGUAAUCUUGAAGACACGGAUCCAGAUGUGCAGAAUGUCUCAAAACAAAACUGAUAUUUUAAUCAAUUAUACCCAAUUUAUUUUUUAAUUAUUUCCAUUUAUUGUUAUAGAUAGUAUAUACAAUAAUAAUUGAAUCAAGGUUUUCAGACAUCCUGGUUAUUACGAGCACGGUAGAAUCUCGGAUCAUAUAUCAUAAAAAAUCAGCUGUAUAUACAGAGAUCAGUCACUAAUAAGUCGUAGAGAAGCCAAAUUUUACUAUGCAUUAGUUAGUCUACCUCGUUGUAGGAUGAUUCACAUAAUUACAUUUCUUACAUUAAAAAAUAUUAAAUAAUAAUUAUUGUAUUGAAAUUCUCGUACAACUAGACAUUAUCAUUGUUGUUAUUAAAACAGAAAUUGUCAGUUGAUACAUUUUUCGUGAUUAUAUUCCCAAAAUCGUCAAUUCUCAUAGUCAAUUAUCAUCUAAAAUAAUAUUUCAUAUACAUAAACUUUAUUUUAUGUAUGUAGAAGGUGUUCAGUCAACUGAAAAAUUAUUUUAUACAGAUCCAGCAAAAUUUCCUAUAAACUGUGGAUCCUCACAAUCUCACAAUCACUUCUGCAGUAAGGAAUCUUGAAUUUUUUCAAAAAGGGUUACGAAAAUUGAAAAUCCACAUCCAUUGAUGGACACAGGCCUUUCGAAAAAUAUGAAGGACAAAUUUUUCAAUUAGAAUAGCAGAAGAUCACAGAUUUAAAUAACAUUUAAAUAACAUAACAAUUUAAGCAAGCAUCCAAUUGAUAUAUUUCUCUAGUUUUUCACAAUCUUCUUAUCAUUAAAGCGACAGGAUUAUGUUUUAUAUUUUCACUAUCCUGGAUUCGGACUAUAAUGCCCAAAAGUCUGCUAAAAGUUGAAGGACGAGAAUUCCGAAGAGACACUACCAGUGCUACUAUCGAUGGAAUUGUUGAAGAUGUUAUAGACACAGUAAUCAAAGUCAAGCAUCUGAACAUAUGAUCGAACAAAAUUAAUUAGACGAUAUUGAGAGAGAUUUGGCCAUGUAUCAAUGAAGAGAAGACAAAAAAGAUAAUAAGAAAUGUUGGCACCAGACUCCAGAAAUGAGAAGUGACAACGGACACCCAUUGGAAAAAUUUCUAACAGAGAAUAAUAAAUGAUAGAGCAUCUUUUCUGUCGAUAUACUACCUUGACGUUGAAACGGGAUCAAAUGCUGACUACAUUAUAGAUUGUAUAGCAUAUAGAAGGGUGAUUAGCUAGUUAACUAGUUUACAUUUAUACAAUGAACCUCAAGCAUCUGAUGAACCACAACCAAUCUAGAUCGAGGUUACCCGUACUACCCAACCUAACUUUUGAUUUUGAUAUUUUUUUGUUUGAUUUUUAAAUUUCAACAAAAAUAAACUCAUUACAACAUUAGAAAAUCGACUCUAAUCGCGCAACUCCAAUUUUACGAUAGAAUUCACCACUAAAGUUGCUUUUUGUUGCUUUUGUAUCAAGAUUCUUGUUCUGCACCAUUGGAAAACAGAGCCUCUAGUUGGAAAUUGUAACUCACUCAAUUAUAAAAUGUAAGAAAUGAAAAUAUGUAGACAGGCAUAGCUACCACAUUUAGGCUAUUAUUGAGCGUAAGCGUGAUAGAGUAUAUACAUUAUAUACAAUAUUCAACGUGAUAUAUCCAACAAAAAAAAUCCGACAUUUUAUAAAUAUAUAUGUAUAAUGAUUGAGAGACGUUUUGAUACAAGAUAAAAGUUUACCGCAGAUGUAGAAAAUAGAAAGACGAGUACUGGUAAGUUUUUGAAACAAUUUACGGUUAAGUUCUACAAUUUAUUUUAAUCGUCACUCACAAAUGAAUUUUUUCGAACCAAUAAUUUAGAAUGAUAGACAGCUAAGUAAAGUUAACAUGUUUCAAAAAGUUAUCAUAUCAUUUAGCAUUUAUAUUAUGAAUAGCUAUAUGUUCGUUAAAUGACAGUAUAUAUAACUUGCACGCUAAUAUUAAGAAGCACCACAUAUUUAUAACGGCUAUAUUAGUGUCUAAGUGUAAAAGGAACCACUGUCUAGUGCUCUCUCCCCUCCAACAAUACAUUCCAAAAAAACGCAAUUGUAAGAAACUUUCGUGUCUAGCACUACUCCAACCCACUAUUAUCGAUCAGAAAAUACGCUCAACUCUAUUUAUUUAUCUAUCUUCUGCUGCGAAUCUCGCUACUGUAAAUAAAUCAGUAUAGCCGUACUUUCGUUCGUAUCACAAUAGUUUUUCUAUUUAUCCUGCAAAUUAUUAAGUUAAAUAGUAGAGUAACAAAAUGUUGCGGUUAAAAGAAAUUUAUCGCGUACACGUAUUUUUAAUUAGUUUAAGCUUUUCCAAAAUUAUCGGAAAAACGUUCUGAAUGACUCCUAUCUAUGACGGCCCUUUCAUGUCAAAAAUAAAUGACAAUUUUAACAAGCAAAAUUAUUUGUACCGUUACUCUGAAUGCCAUUGAAAAUUACCCAAACAUGUGAAUCAUGGUUUUAAUUUCGAUAGUCGAUUUAUCCAAAAGUUUAAAGUAUUGAUGAUGAUUUUUUCGAUAUUCAAUUUUAUUGGACUCCUGAUAAUCAAAUUAUUUAUCAACACAUCACCAGUUUCAAGGCUUUUCUGAACUUUGUGAAUGAAAAGGAGAAAGCGGCCCGAAGAACAAGUCGAAUGCUUUAGCUCAUUCGAAUUGUUUGUCAACAGGUUUCCAGCUCAGUAGAUCAUCCCAGUGAUGAAUUCGCAGAAUUUGGCUACGUUCUAUUCCUGAAAUCUGCAUUAAGGAACAAGAUUUGAGUCUAUUGAAACUGCAAAAGAAGCAGCACGCAUCUUGUAAGAGACAACAGAAAAAUAUUCUAACAUUGUUUCAAAUAAUAUGAUGUGAAAAUGUAUAAAAUUAAAAAUAAUAUUUAACAACGUCGUCUCGUGCUUUAAUAGCCACAUGUCGUACUAUUAGUUAGUAAGCGUUAUUACAGACAUAAUAAUUAAAAAAAAACUUGAUUAACAAAGAAGAGUGAACAGGUGUUGUUGUGCUGGUAAAAACUUUUCACGUUCUUUCAAUAUAAAUCGUGAUUUUAAUGAAUGAGAAUAUUGUUUACCUCAAAUUUUAUUCAAAAUCCAAACAAACAGUUUUUAAAUUUGAUUAAUGAAUAGCUCACACAAUGAAUUUAUGAAAUUAGAAUAAUGGAACAUGUAGCAAAAAAAGAUGCUGGUAAAUGAAGAGCCACAGGAAGAUGCAUCAUCAAGACAAGUGAAAAUAAGAUAAAAAUGUUGGAUAUUUCUCCUAAUUUGGAAGUGGACAUCCAUAUUAUGGAGUUUAUUGAAAUUUUCACACAUCUAGUGGACCACCUAUCCUGCAAUGUUUUCAUCACACGACAUUCAGAAUAUUUUAACAAAGUUUUUCUUCAUUAGUUGUAGUUGAAACAAAGUGCAAUAAUUAUAAUAUGGACAGGAAUCGAUAUAAAUGAAAUUCUUAAUUAAUGACCCGUGGUAGAAAUCCAUCCAAAUUAAUCUCUCCAUAGCAUUUUUUUAGCGGUGUAUAUAAUGAUACAUAAUAAACACAAAGUAUUUGAUUUGCUUUUAAAGAUCUGCUCAAUUUUUGUUAAGUAUUUCUAAAAUAUGAGUUGCAUGUACAUAAACUUUUUUACUCUAAUAAUUUUAUUGAAACUAUUCAUUUUAAAAGUAAAUAUAGUUGAGUAUAUUUCCACUGAUCUGAUUUUUUUGCAUUCAUUUUUUCAUCUAAAAAAUGAUGUGUUGAAGUUGGAGCGUGGUACCUAUAUUUGACCAGAUAUAUGUCCAUAUGGUUAUUGAGUGUAAGUGUCUGUGUUAUUAAUGGAAAAAAAGUUUAGAUUAAGCUAGUAUAAAUAUGCAUUUCUGUUAAAACGUUGAUAUUUUCAAUAGUUAACUCGUUUAAUGAGAUUAUUUAUUACAUUUUGUUAUUUAGUAGGUAAAAAUUUCUUUUUACAUUCUAAUUGUUGAAAAAGUUAAGAAACAAUUUUUGAUUUCAGUUACUAGUUUUAGUAAAUAUUUUUAUGAGUUUUUUUCUAUAUUACAUGCUUAUUUUUAAAAAAUGACCCUCUUAUAUUGUUAUUAAUUUUUUUUACAGCCAAAAGCAUGUUUUGGACAUUAGACACACAGGCAAAUUUUUAUAAAACAUCAAUACUUCAUUAAAAUUUAAUUUCCUCUAUUAUUUCAUACAUUUUAACAAAUUGAUAACCAAUUAUUAUUUUGAGUGAUUUUUCAAAUAAAUUCUAUAUAAAUAAGGAUAUAAUUAUUUUUAUGGAAAAAUGUGUAGAUGGCUAAAACUCUGUAAACAACCACACGAUUAUGAUCUGCGUGAAUAAGUGAAAUAUUGAAUGAAAAUAAUCACAGUGCAUUUAUUAAUUUACAUGUGUUAAUUAAAUAAAGCUAAGACACAUUUUUAGCACGUGUCAAUAGGACACUUCACAAUGCGACACAUCAUAUAAGCCGGACACAUAUCUGUGUGUACGUGUGUACCAGCUGUCAUUUUGAUGUUUUUGAACUGAUGAAGUAGUAUCCUCGACCUUCACGUUCACACAACACACAUUCACAAUCCUCCGGAGGUUAUAAUAUAAUGGAACACCUACAAGAAGAGAUGGAUUGGUUAGAUGAAGAAGAGGAAAUGGUUGCGGUAACUGCAGCAUUGCUUGUGCUGCAAUAUGAAUCCAGAAAGUACUGGGUUCAUCCAAUAAACCAACGUAGGCACGAAUGUGGUGAAUAUCAUGUUCUGAGGUCCGAAAUUAGCAAUGACGAUGACAGGUGUAAAAUGUAUAUCAGGAUGACCAAGAAGAAAUUUAAUGUGGUUCACAAUUUACUAGAAAGUAAAUUAAAGAAGCAAAAUAAAAUAAAAUAAAAAAUUAAAGAUAUAUUACGGAAACGAAUAUAGUUAAGGAAACACUUUUCAGUCACGCUUAGAACAAACUCGGCACAGGUGGUGAUUAUAACCUACAACACUUUUUAACCCUUCUGACAAAAAUGCGACCAACGUAGAUAUUGAAAACACGCGCUAUGACGUGUUAAAGCGUUUUUUCGGUCUGUGAUGACACAUCACAAUAAUAUGCAUAGAUCUAUGUAAAAUAACGUGUUAAUGCGUGUUAACACGACAUGUGUUAAAAAUGUGUCCUUAGCUUACCCAUCACUGUUUUUUUAUUUGAAUUAAUAAGAACGAAAUGACUCAAUAUUAACCUAAAAUUCGGUGUGAAGCACGGUCCAUGUGCGAUUUUGCAAAAAUAUGGUUAGAAAAAGAAAUGUAUUGACUUCUUUUUUUAAUAAAGUAGAUACAUUUUUUGAGGAUGUUUUUGGUGGAGUAUUGAUGCAUAAAACUGCAGAGAGAAAUGUAAAAAUAUCCCAAACUGUAAUUGAUAUUUGCUAAAAACAGCACAGUAGUCAAUUACAACUAGUAACCUAAGAGGCUAAACACGUAUAUAGGCGGCCAUAGAAUUGCAUGUAAAGGUUUAGUUAGAUUAUCUUAAAAUAUCAUACUCUGUGAUAGUAUAUAUUGUUGUCUUAAAGAACUGUGCAAAAAGGGAACGAAUUAUAAGUAUAAAAAUGUUUAUAUAUACGAUAACAUAUAACGAUAGACUUUUUAUAUGAUUUUAUUUUUAUUUCUCGAUAGAAUUUUUCGAUUUCCUGAUAUUUAGGGCACAACAAUGCGUAGUUGAUUCACAAAAUAUGAAUAUUCAACAGAAUCGAAAGGCGCUAUCGAACUUUUAUAGAAAAAAAAGAGUAUAAAUUAUCUCCAAUACACAAUAAUAAAUAUUAACCGAUAAAACCUCAAUUUAUUUCAACCAGAGUCGUCAAUCAUAAACUAACUACAUAUCGAUACCGUACUUCAAUAGUGCAACAACUCAAAAUUUAUCACUUUUGAGCUAAACCAAUAUUAUAAAUGCCGACAUUUCUAUACAGAAACAAUUCUAGCUUGCGAUUUAGCCCCUAGAUGUCACUAGCUACAUUAAAGAAUCUUCCUGGAAUCGAAAAGCAUGGGAGUUAUACAUUGUAACAAAUAGAGUUGUUACAGUAUUGAACUUCAUCUUUAUUUGUUUGCCCGGCCUUUGUUAUUGUUACUCCUGUAUAAUCAACCAAAAUGAUUGAUUUUUCUUUUAAAAUAAAGCAAGUGAAAAUCACAGUGAGACGCGUAACUGUUUAUUGUUGCGACUAGCAAAAGCUAAAUUCCAGGAAACCGAUAAAAAUAUUUUGGUAGUUGGGCAAAUUUCCACGAUUAAACAAAAGAAAAAACGCAUACUCAAAAGUAGUCCUAUAUAUAUAUACACCUGCCCGUUGGGUAACCAUUGUGAGAUGGGCAAAAAAGUGGUAUUGCCCAUAGACUUACAGAGAUUAGAAAUAAUGAAAAAAUUGUGGGGAAGGAUGCUAAGAUUGUAAGGGUAGAAAAAUUGCAGCCCAACAUACUAUUUUGGAAAACUUCUUAUGAACAAGGUGAUUUUAAGUCAAUUGACGUAAGACAAAAUGCCAAAGGUCUCAGGAACCAAGAUCAGAAAUCAUUAUUUAAACUUGUACCUGCUAAUAAAUAAACCCGCUUGUAUUUUCAAAAAAUAUAUAUAUCGAAUCUCUGUAUAUUGGUCCUUCUAUGAAAGUUUUUCAGAAAAUUCAGAAGACGGGGAGCAGGAAACAAUGUCAUUUCAGAUAGUUCUGAAUCGGAAUAAAUACAAACCUAGAUUUAGUUUUCAUUAUCUCGAGAAACCUAUUUUAUGUUGAUUUUUUUUAGAAUUAGUUAGUUUAGUUUCUGACAUUCAAAAAAAGUUUAUCAAUAACAAUUAUUAUUAUCUUUUGUUAUUUACAUUGUUAACAAUGUAAAUUUAAAUAAAAUAUUACUUUGAGAAAUCUUAUUUUUUGUUUUGUUUGAUAAAUAAAACGGUUGUGUAAGUUGUUACUUAUCCAAUUUUUAAGUUUUCAAAAAUGUAAUUCAAAAGCGUUACAAGACUUUCAAAUUUCAAAUGUCUAAUAAAACAAUUUUUAAUUUCACAAUUUUUUCAAAUACGUUUUUUGGGCAUGUUACACUAUUGAACUAGACUAUCGAUAUAUUUAAUUAUACUAAUUUGUCGUGUAUUGUAUAUUGGCCACGUCAUGGCGGUAAAUUAUGAAACACUGGUCCUUCCAAUAUGACUAUUCAUCUUUUGCAGCCUUUAUUGACCUAUGAAAUUCGAUACCUUGGUUCACAAUUAUGUGAAAUUUAUCUUUCAUCAAUAAAAUUUCAAUUUCAUGAUUUGAGGACUAAAGUUUUUUGUAAGAUCCUUGAUUAUUUCCGGAGCGAAGAUUUGUUGAAGCAUUUUUUUAAACAAAAAAAAUUUACAUUGCAGUUGGUAUGGCGAUCUGAAAUCGAUUAAUCGUAGAAUCGAUUCCUCGGACCAAAUAAAUCAAUUUUUUAAAUCGAUAUGUUGUACUGAAUCGAAUCAGUGGAUCGAUAUCUCACAUUUUUUCUGUUUUUAAAAAAUUAAGCAUUAUUUAUAAUUCACUCUAUAAUGAUCUGAGUAUCGAGGGUUCAUCUGCUCCUUGUGAACGCCUUUUUUCAAUUGCCGGCAACAUCGUAAGUGAUAAACGGGUCCGCUUGGAUCCCAGUUGACUUACAGACUAUUGUUUUUAAAAAUCUUAUAUAUUAAUCAUUAGAAACUAUAAGCUACAUUCUCUAUUUUCUUAACUUUGAAUGUAACAAAACAUUUAGAAAAUAAAUGUCUUGUUUUAUACCUGAUCUGAUUCUUUGAUAUGGUAAUAAAAAUAAUUGUUAUUAUGGAAUUCCCUGGACUAAAAAAUCCGAUUUUACUUAUAGAGAUCUCAGAGAUUGUUUUUCAUAAAGUGGAUUCAAAUAUUCAUUUUAAAUAUAAAUUUGAUUUUAGAAAUCGAUCUUUUAGACCUCGAUUUUUAUAUGAACGGUUCAUUAGAUCACGAUUGAAUCGAUUUGAUAAUCGAUAUUUUUUAGAAAGAAUCGCCAUUCCUUAAUUACAGUACAUGGGAUUCGCGGAAGGGCUGUAGCGUUUAUUUUUUUCAACAUCCAUCAUGAAUACUUUACUCUUUUUAACCAAGAAAGGAUUCUCUCACCUGAGCAAUUUGUCGCAUACAAUUACUGUAUCAAAGUUUCGAUAAAUGUUUUCUAAAUUCUAUUCUCGAUAAUGAUCUACAGCUUGGUUUUAUUGAAAUGUUUUCACAUAAAAGGUAUUCUUAAACUAAUUCAGUUUCUAAAUCAAUUUUUGCCGCUUCUUGAAAUCUUCUGCCAUAGGCUAUAGCUUACUCAGCUUAGUGAUAAGUCCACCACUGUGUCGACGUGCCUCAUAUAUUUAAAACGUCUAUAUGGACAGUUUCUGGUGGAACAGUAGAAGCUGUUCCUACUAAGGAAGACAGAAUGAUAACGCGUUCUCUAUCCUCCGAGGUUCCAACUCGGUUCUGCGCAAUCUCAAGCACGCGCAGUAAAGAUAAAGUGUCUCGAACGAGAGAGAAAAUGAAUAUUGUCGGCACCGUAACGUAGGAACGUUUUUUUUUUAUUCCAACUGUCCAUAUAAGAGUAUUACAUAUAUGACGUGCCUGUUUUGUUUACGAUAUCACGCGUUGUAUAUAAAUAACGUACGGUUAAUUUAGACAUUCGAAGUUAUAUAAAUUCGCAUCAAGCUGGAAAUCAGUGAGAUUGUUUAAAAUACAAUUGAACAUAGAAUUUGAAUGUUCUCCAUCAUUUCCGUGUAUGGAAAACAUUUUAUUCAAGGUCAAAGGUCAAAAAAAUGAGUUUUUCGCAAUUUUCAUCAAAACGGUGAGUUUUAUCCCAAGAAUACCCCAAAUGAAAAUUCUAGAUCAUAAAAUUAUCUACAAAAAAUGUAUCAAUACAUUUUUCCCUACAAGCCAGAAUUUUUGAGAUAUAAUGAUUUAAAAAGUUGUAACAGUCACUGUCGUAUUUAAUGGUUUCGCCAAUAUAUUUUCAGCAGUAAACAUUGAAAUGGUUGUGAGUAUUUGUGAGAAAUUUUUGUUGACUGGUUGGAACUGUCAUAAGUUCAUCAAAUAAAUUAUCAAUUGAUGAAGUAAAUCUGAAACAUUUUAACUUUUACAACAUUUUGAAUCGUGAUAUCUCAGAAACGGUGGCUCGUAGGAAAAAAAAUAAUAAUACAUUUUUUGUAGAUAAUUUUAUGGUCUACAAUUUUCGUUAAAAGUAUUUUUAUGAGAAAACUUACCGUUUUGCUGAUAAUCGAGAAUUCCCAUUUUUUUACCUUGAAAAAAUUUUUUUUCUAUACCGUGUAUUAAAUAUACCGUAACAGCUAAUAAAAAUUUCGAACCGUUAUUUUGGAAACUAACGUUUUCGAUUGAUAUUUUGAAUAUUGGAGAUAAACGUCUUGUGAUGGCUACGACCAAUUAAAAUUAUUGGCCAUUAGGUUACAAAAUUCUAGCAGCUAACGAAGCCCAGCCAUUCUACUAAACAAAAUUAUUUAAAUGGCACUUCACUUGUCCACUGUGUUCCCCUUCCCUUGCUGAUAUUGAACAUUCAUUAUAAUAAAAUAUGACAUAUCAUAUUUGUGUGUGUUGUUAGCUUUAAAUAAAUGUUGUGUAACUUAUAGAAUCACAGUAGGUAUGGUGGGUACGUUAGUUGUGGUGGAUGCGUCAGAUUCUGCAAUUGUAAAAAAUGAACCAUGUAGUGAAGACUAUUAGUGAAAACUGCAGUGUAUAGUGUGUACCCUAUAGUACCUACUAAUUUUUGUUGAUCGUUUAUGUUGUACCUACAAUUGUAAUAUAGUUAAGAAGUUCGAUCUUGUUGUUGGAUCUCUUUAAAUAACUAGGACUUUUCUGUCUCCUCAAUUAUUUAAAGAUAUCAUUUAAAAUAAUCUGGACGUUUAAAUUUUGUAAUAUACCAUUUUAUUUGUGUACAUUGGAAAGGAAAAUCAAAAGGAGUUACCAAUUUUAUUUAGAUAUCAGCGUGGCUCUAUUUUGAUACUGUAAAAAUUAGCCACAUCAAAGAUAAAAGUAACGUUGAUGUCUUGUAAGAUGUAUUAUACAAAAAAAGACCAACUUAAUGCAAUUCUCUCAAAUGUCGCUCAAGUAUUUUAUAGUUUCCUGCUCAACAGUUCUUGGAAAGAUAUAGUUUUUGAAGAAAGUAGUGCUACUGAGUAAUGGUCUAAAAACAAAGGUAAAAUAAAUAAUUUCAACAUUCGAUUACUUAAAUGUUGUUUGGACCACUGCCAUAGCAAUCUUAAUCACAUAUAAAAUAUGGAAAGUGAUGUAACAUCAAAAUUCUUACCCUUUUAAUAUACCUACUGGUAUAUAAUUAAUGUUUGUCAUGUUUGUAUUAGAUCUUUCUUUUAUUUUUUCUCCCUGUCAAUACCUACAUAUGUAAUACAAAUAUAUGCUGUAAUCAAAUUAGUCUAACUGGAUUUCAAAACUACAUUCGAACAAUAAAGUGAAAGAAUUUCUUGAACCGUUGGUGAUAUUCAUACUGUUUAUUGCUACCACUACACGAACACUUACCUACAAUUACACUUCUAUAUUCGGCUCGAAGGACCAGACAGUGUAUUUAGCGUGAAUUGGUAAUGAUACGAUAUUUUCUUCUUUACAAAUUCAUCCUAUUAGACAUGGUUUCCAAAAUGGGUAGGUUCCAUAACUUCUUCAUCUAAGUUUAUAGCUGUAUCUUCAUUGCUACUGACUAUAUAAUGUGCGUUUACUUUAACUACACUAAUUUAUUCAUAUUCUCAGCAUCAAGCAAAAAUUGAACCGUUUUAGGAGGACAAACUUUCUGUUUUUAAAGAUAUUUCUCCCUCUCUGCACAAUUAUUUUUCUCCUCUCAUUUGUCUUUAUCCCUCUAUGGAUGUAACUAUGGUUAAUUUGAUACAUUCAUACAGAAUUUGAUCUUUGAAUAAAUUAAGUGUAGGAAAGUCUUUUUAAAAUCUAUUAUUGGCGUUGUUUGUUCCAUUCUUCGCAUUGGCGUUGAAAUUUGUGGUGAAAAAGGUCUAGAACAUUUUAACAACUUCUGACAAUCACUGGGUACGGAAAAAUAGACAACAGGCGACUUUUUUGAGAAAUGCGUAUUUUUGGACUUUGAACUUAUACAUAAUAAUACCUAUAUUUAUUGCUGCUGCGCAUGAGGUUGGAAAACGCGUGUGAAUCACGCCAAUAAUUAUACAAAAUGAAAACUUAGAUAUUAUAUUGUAGAAAAUGGAAUUGAAUAAAGACAGUUACA